AUGAAACCUAAAACUGCACCAGCUGGACAUAAGGACAACAGUGAACACGAACUAAAGGAAGUUAUUCUACUAGACACAACAGUCAUUAAUCGGUGUAUCUAUGGAAAUGAUACUGACCGACUGCGACGAUGCUUUCAGGACAUCGCAGAUCCACAGAAAGAGGAAAUACAUGAACUACUGAAUCAGAGAGAUUCUACCGGAAAGUCUCCAUUAGAUCUGAUUGCAAGUUUAGGCAGAACAGAGCUGGCAAGUUUGAUCAUACAAAAUGGUGCAGAUGUCAACAGUUGCACAUCAAAAGGGUACAGCUGCUUGCAUCAUGCAGCUGCCUGGGGGCAUCUUCCAGUAUUGAAGAUCCUUGUGGACAAUGGUAUCAAUCUCCAUCGGUACCUUCAUCAAGAGUGUGCAGAUUUUUUAGAAAUCUCUGAGGAAAAGGAAAACCUGCAAUUGGAGAUCACUCAUGCUCUGAAAAGUAUCCAAGAAAUGGACAAGGCACUGAUUGGAAGGAUUACCAGGGAUGAAAAGAAUCGUGUCAUUAACACAUGCAAAGGAAAACAAGAAUGGCUGAACAGCACACCAGAUGCAUCUGCUCAGGAAAUUGGAGCACAACAUUCAGAACUCACAGAAAUUGUUCAACCAAUCUUAGCGAAUUUGCACGAACCACGUAAUUAUUCUUGUCUCUUU